GCUGUGCUUUAUCAGUCAAACUACGGGAGUUUUAAGCCUGUUUUAAAGGCACAUGUUGCACUCUCAGAAAAAGCCGCUGGGGGAUGUUUGGGGUGUUUUUGCUCAUCAGGUUCCGGCUCAUAUGUGGUGCCCGACGUCUCUGAUGGGGAACGGUGUGGAGACUCAGUAUCCGGUGCCAGAACCGUCUCUGCCGCUCAACUUCAUCCACAGCACCGGCAUGUGUUACGAGGCCGAGGAGGUCCACCGCUGCUUACUCCACGAUAUUUUGCUGGAGGUUUUUCAGGGCUGUGUUAUUUAAGCAUUAACCACAAGAUGGCACGUUUGUGAAAUGACCGGCUUGACCUUCAGCUCAUCUCUGCUGUGUCAUGUGGAGCAGGUCUGUUGACAUCAUGUGUGUCUUUCUGUUUUCACUCAUCUCAUCUGCAUACGGUAUUAGAAAAUUCAGUGAGAUUUCUCCAUA